UUAAGUGUAUUUAUUUUAUUUUGUUUUUAUAAAAUUUAUAAAUUUAUUGUUAAUUGGUGCAGUUUUUUUGUUUAAUAUGCACUUAAAAUAUAACAAUAUCAAGGUCUUCAUAAUACUGUUUCUACAAUUGUUAUUCUUAUUACAUAUGUAUUACAGUCACUCAAUACCAAAUGAACUAAAGUUUGAUUGUAUACCCAAAGGAAAGUCUGAUGAGGUAACCUGCAAAAAAAUGAACUGUUCCUGGACACCGGCAAACCAAUCUUUUACUCGAUGGCCGUGGUGUUAUUAUCCAGAAUGUUACAAUAAUUAUAAUACAAUUAAUAUAUCAAAGACAAGUACUGGAGUAGUAGCGUUUUAUAAUUUAUCAGUGGCUUCUAGUUACAAAAAAAAUAUACAAAUCUUGCGUCUGGAUGUUAUUUUUGAAACACCACAAAGACUACGAAUUACGAUUGAUGACGCUGUUCAAAUACGUUACAAGCCACCCUUUCCAAAAAUUAACGAAUUUAAAGGAAACCCGAUUCAUGGAAAUAAUAGUUUGAUAAUAUCCGAUUUAGUUGUAAGACUGGCUAAGAACGGUGUUGGAUUUGCUAUUAUUCGUAAAGUGGAUGAUACAAUUUUGUUUGAUAGUCGAAAUAUUGGGGGUUUUAUAUUUUCUGAUCAAUUUAUUCAAUUGUCGGCUUUACUACCCUCAAAGUACAUUUAUGGAUUGGGUGAACAUAGAACUAAUUUGGUCUUGGAUUCAAAUUGGAAAACAUAUACAAUGUUUAAUCACGACAAUACUCCAAAACCUGAUAUCAAUGGCUAUGGCUCACAUCCGUUUUAUUUAUCAAUGGAAAAAUCCGGAAAGAGUCAUGGAGUUUUUUUAUUUAAUAGCAAUGCUAUGGAUAUUAUACUGCAGCCUGCGCCUGCAAUUACAUAUCGCGUAAUUGGCGGAAUUUUGGAUUUUUAUUUUUUUUCUGGACCAACACCGUCUGAUGUUAUUACUCAGUACACUGAAAUUAUUGGCAGACCAUUUUUACCACCGUAUUGGUCUUUAGGUUUCCAUUUGAGCCGAUAUGGGCAGACUUUUGAAGAUCUCAUUCAAGUUUAUAAUAGGACCAUAGAAGCUGGUAUUCCUUGGGACACUCACUGGAAUGACAUUGAUUAUAUGGAUAAUAAAGACGAUUUCACACUUUCUAACAAUUUUAAGCAACUACCCGAAUAUGUGAAUAAUUUACACAAGAAUGGAAUGCACCAUAUAGUUAUUUUGGAUCCAGGCCUUAAAUCACGACAGUCUAAUGGAACAAUGUAUGUUCCUUUAAAGGAUGGUCUUAACGACAAUAUUUUUAUAAAAAACUCUGCUGGUCAACCAUUGGAAGGAAAAGUUUGGAAUGACAUUGGAACUGUAUUUCCUGAUUUUACACAUCCAAAAGCAACUCAAUUCUGGAAAAACCAGCUUUUAAAUUUUCACAAUAUUGUAAAAUUUGAUGGGUUAUGGUUGGAUAUGAAUGAACCGGCUAAUUUUGUCAAUGGUGAUUUGAAUGGAUGUUCUUCUUAUAAAUCUGAUCACUGGGAAGUACCUCCAUAUAUCCCUGGUAUAGUUGGUGGCCGUUUGAACUACAAAACUAUUUGCAUGUCUGCAAUUCAUUUUGCUGGUAUUCACUAUAAUUUGCAUAAUUUAUAUGGACUUGUUGAAACUAUUUCCACUCACGAUGCAUUGUCAGAAAUAAAGAAUACUAGGCCUUUUGUCAUUUCAAGAUCUUCUUAUCCUGGUUUUGGACAUUAUGCUGGUCACUGGACUGGAGACAUAAACUCUUCAUGGGAUGAUAUGAAACAAUCCAUAACAGAUAUAAUAAAUUUUAAUUUAUUCGGUAUUCCCCUAGUUGGGGCAGAUAUAUGUGGUUUUCACCACGACACUACUAUUGAGUUGUGUUCAAGGUGGAUUCAAUUAGGUGCCUUCUAUCCAUUUUCUAGGAAUCAUAAUGGCCAGUACAUGAAAGACCAAGAUCCAGCAGCUUUAGGAUCAAACGUUUUGUCAUCUGCAAAAAAAUCAUUGAUUACUAGAUAUUAUUUAUUACCAUAUUUGUAUUCAUUGUUUUGGAAAGCUCAUGUUUACGGAGAAACUGUCGUUCGACCUUUGUUUUUUGAAUAUCCAUAUGAUGAUAAUACAUAUGGCAUAGACACUCAGUUUCUAUGGGGUGCAGCCUUACUAAUCUUACCAGUUUUAAAAGAAAAAAAUCAUCAUGUGUAUGUAUAUCUCCCAAAAGAUAUAUGGUAUGACUUUUACAAUAAAACUGCAAUAUUGAGCAACGGAAAUCAUUUUGUCAUAACAGCUCCUGCCGACACUAUACCCUUACUGGUACGAGGGGGUUUUAUUUUACCCACACAAAUGGCUGCUUCAACUACAACAUUAAGUCGUCAAAAUCACUUUGAACUCUUAGUAGCAACUAAACAUGACCAAGCAACCGGUUUUUUAUUUUUUGAUGAUGGAAAGUCUUUAGAUUCUUGGAAAAAUGAUUCAUAUAACAAAGUACAAUUUAAGCUUGUGAACACUACAUUUUCCAGUAUAGUGGAGAUGAAUAGUUAUAUUGAUGACAACUUUGUAUUACAAAAUAUUACUGUGCUUGGUGUCAAACAAGGACCGACCAAUUCACAAGUUAAUGGAGUUCCAUUCAAUGGUUAUUACUUCAAUAAAACUGAACAAGUUUUAUACUUCAAAAUGUUAAACUUAAAUCUAAGGAUGCCAUUCAAUUUAACAUGGUAAAUUGUGAGCAUUAAUAAUGAACAAAUUUACAUCUACAUAAUAAGAAAGUUAUUUAAAAUAAAUGUCGAAUAAUAACCACAAAUAUGGUUAAUCUUACAAGAUUAAAUAGGAACCAACUACACAAUUAUAAAUUAUGGACCAAUAAACACAAUGAUGAAUUUA